AUGAUUAACAAAACUCAAGCUAGAAGACAUAAAAGAAAGUACAAAUAUCGUUCGAAAGGAAAUCAUUCCCGAUCCCUCCUUGGGAUGCAUACAAGUCCGGCAAAUUCUUCUAUGUCGCAGGCGAUAUAUUCCAAUGAUAGUCUCACCACGACUGAUGGAGUGCUUGGAGAUGAAUCUCUCAGUAGUGAAACCAGCAUUGUCAGCUUCACCGGUGAAAAUGCGUAGGGGCAAUGUCGUCGAUCUUCUCGUUUGAGAAACAAGCAAAAGAGACAACGUCUAUCGGAAUCAACUGAAAAUAGUAUUCCUGAGCCUGCUUUUUUAAGAAGCAAUGUAACAUCUUUGACAACAAGCGAAUCAGAUGAUAUUCAACAGUUUUUCCUUGAAAACGAGUCGCUAUUCCAAAUUGAAUACAAAAUUGAUUACAAAAACUACAGAGACUACACUAUUGUGCCCUCUUUCGGAACUGUUAUACCGAAGAGUAAAUGCGAAAUCGCUUUGAUUUGUCGACCUACCGGAAAGUCUGAAUCAGAUCAAAUGACUAUCUCUUACAAAACAGUGGAUAGUGAUAAUGACUUGGCCAACGGAUGUUUUUCAGAGAUGGAAAAAAUAGUUAUUGAUAUUAAAGGAAGAUCACAGGAAUCACCAAUUCACUCAAUACCAUCAUCGUCUGGCUCUUCAUCUACUUCUUCGCCUUCUGCCAAGAGAAGAAACAUUGUGGACUCUGAUUCUGAUUGA